AUGGGUAUAAUCGAAGAGCAACGCUAUCUCCACGAGGACCUCGAGCGCCUCGAGCAGGGCAUCGCAGACCGCAUCAGCGAGGAACCGAAGCACAUCCGCGACCGCUUAAACCGCGACCAUGAGGUCGGCCAGCUCCUCGACCAGAUCCAGACGCAGUCCGUCAAGCUCCUCGACAUCUAUCGCGACGCCGGCGGCCAGCGCGGCCGCGAGAUCCAGACCAUUGGCACGGGUGACCCCUUUGAGGAGUUUUACAGCCAGCUGAAAGACGCGCGCGAGCACCACGCCAAAUACCCCAAUGAGCAGGCCGAGAACUCGGAGGUGCGGUACCGCGUCAAGAAGCCCGACGAUGGCGAGGUCAUGCCCUACAUCGUCGAUCGCCUCUUCACCGGCGAGGAAGGCUUCGGCCGCUUCUUUGACCUGCACACUUCCCACGAGGGGUACCUCAACCUCCCCAACGUGAAGCGCCUGUCGUACCUGCAGUACCUCGAGGUCUUCGACAACUUUGCCCCCGGGUACGGUGGGCUGAAGCGCGGCGAGAAGCUGACGGACCAGUACUUCAAGUACGUCGGCGAGCUGGCGUCGUACCUCGAAUCCUUUAUGCGCCGCACGCGGCCGCUCGAGAACCUCGACAAGGUAUUUUUGGGCUUUGACGGCGACUUUGAGGCGGCGUGGGAAAAGGACGAGGUCUCUGGGUGGCAGAAGGAGACGACGGGCGGCGUCGGCGCCAACGGUGCGAACGGCGCAGCGCGGGAGGCCAGCACAGUGGACGCCAUCUGGUGCGACGACUGCGAAAAGGAGUUCAAGAAUGAAAACGUCUACAGGUCGCACAUGACGGGCCGCAAGCACAUCAAAGCCGCCGAGGCGCGGAAAGCGCGUCGCGAGGAAGAGGGGGAAGAAAAUAGCAGCAGCACGAACGGCGGCGGCAGCAAGGUAUCGGCGACGAGGCUGAAGGAACGGGCGGUCGCGGAGCGCGAGUACCGCGUCAAACGCCUCGCGGCGGCGAUGAGCACGGAGCGCGGCGACACGCGCGUCAACGUCGAGCGCAGGCAGGGCAUGACGGAGCGCGAGCGCCAGCAGGAGCUGGAGAACAUAAUGAGCCUAUCAUACUCGGCGCCCGGCGGAGGCGGAGUCACACACGGCGGCGGCGGCGGUGCGGACGGCGACGACGACGAUGAGGACGGCGAAGACGGCGAAGAAAAGAUUUAUAACCCGCUCAAGCUACCCCUCGCGUGGGACGGCAAGCCGAUCCCCUUUUGGCUAUACCGCCUACACGGCCUGGGCGUCGAGUUCCCCUGCGAAAUUUGCGGCAACUUUGUCUACAUGGGCCGGCGGGCGUUUGACAAGCACUUCAACGAGGCGCGGCACGUCCACGGUCUGCGGUGCCUUGGCAUCACCAACACAAGCCUGUUCCGCGACAUCACGAGCAUUGAGGAGGCGGUCAACCUGUGGGACAAGAUCCAGCGGGAGGCCAAGAAGACCAAAGUCGAUGAGGGGAGCGUGGUGCAGAUGGAGGACGCCGAGGGCAACGUCAUGCCUGAGAAGGUGUACUACGAUCUUCAGAAGCAGGGUCUUUUGUAA